CGGGUGAAUCCAAUAAACGUAGAUCGGGACUUGCGUCUAUUCAAAUGGUCAAGCUUGCUUUUUUCAUCCUCUUACUCUGGAUUAUAUUGUUGCUAGAGAGGACGAUUGUAAUUAGAUGCUCCUACUGUUCAAUCCAGGAAACUCCUUUCUCUACCUUCCCUUGUUAUGGGUUUGAAACGACAUUGAGCUGGCUACAUCGCUGCUGUGUAAGGUCUCCGAUGCUUUCUUCUCUGAGCUUUGCUUGUGAAAGCUCUCUCGCUCAUAUCGCCGCCAAACUGCAUGUCAUCAACCACUACAAUAUUACUAUCUACGUCUCACCACCAGCUAUUGUACCUUUGCAUCCUACUCGCAAACGUGAGCGCUAUCCUUGAUAAAUCUCGCCCGAAUCCCUCGAUUAAAACAACCAAAAAGGCAUACAAAUCAACCAACAAUAUCAGGGCCUCUCAUGUUGCAAAGAGGGUGUCACCAAACGGUAAGAACGAAGUUGAGGAAGAAAUUGGAAGCCGAUGCAUUCAUAUUUUUCAUUUCCUCUUUUCAUUAUAUGAUGGGACACAUCGCUACGUAGCAAGUCAAUCCCAUUUCGUUUCUUUCUGCUCAAUGCCCAUCAUUGGACAGAGCGAGUGGCCAGCAAAGCUAAAGCAGACGCAGCAGUACUUGGAAAUUAAUCAAAGGCACAUUUGGCCUGUCUGACUUUUCUCUUCUUUUUUGUCUUUCUCCUUUUUGGCAGGGAUGUCAAAACCGACUGCCGUAUCCCGUCCAUAUGGCAGUCCUAAGAAGCAACCAGAGUGACUCUUCUUGUCUCUUGAUUGGUGGUAUC